GUUUGGUAUGGAGGAGCAAGGGGAAGGGUGGGCAGGGGUCGGGGCAUCAGGCUGAGAAGCUGCUGCCUCCUCCUGGGUGUGAUGGGGAGCUAUGGAGGCUUCCUAAGCAGGGGAGUGACACUGUCAGAUUUGGGUUUGAAAAUGAUCCCUCUGGGUUAGUCAGAAUCAGGGGGCUGGCUCAGCCGGGAUCCCUAGGUCAAAGCUGAAGGGUAAGUAUUUUUAGCAGGUGAAAGAAGUGAUUUUGAGCCUGGAGCUCUGGGGAAGUGGUGGGGGCUAAGGCCCAGGAAGGGGAGUGCUCUUGAAUUUGAAAGUGUCCAGCUCCGCAGGACCAGCCUGCAGCCUCGCUGAGAACUGAUUCAGCUAAACAAAUCCAGGGAGGGGGGACUUGUCGGCUCAUUGCCCCAGGGGUAACCAUUAAUCUUCCCCUGGGGGGAAUCCAGGGGCUGGUGCCCUGAAGGGCAGAUUCUGGGCAGAAUGGAGGAACACACAGAGGCAGGCUCAGCACCAGGGCUGGGGGAACAGAGGGCGCUAAUUGACAACCCUGCCGACAUCCUGGUCAUUGCGGCUUAUUUCCUGCUGGUCAUUGGUGUCGGCUUGUGGUCCAUGUGCAGAACCAACAGAGGCACCGUUGGCGGCUACUUCCUGGCGGGACGAAGCAUGGCGUGGUGGCCGGUCGGGGCCUCUCUCUUCGCCAGCAACAUCGGCAGUGGCCAUUUCGUGGGCCUGGCAGGGACGGGCGCGGCAAGUGGCCUGGCUGUGGCUGGAUUUGAGUGGAAUGCGCUGUUCGUGGUGCUGCUACUUGGCUGGCUCUUCGUGCCCGUGUACCUGACCGCGGGCGUCAUUACGAUGCCGCAGUACCUGCGCAAGCGCUUUGGCGGCCGUCGAAUCCGCCUCUACUUGUCCGUGCUCUCGCUUUUUCUGUACAUCUUCACCAAGAUUUCGGUGGAUAUGUUCUCCGGGGCAGUAUUCAUUCAACAGGCUCUGGGCUGGAAUAUCUAUGCCUCCGUCAUCGCGCUUCUGGUCAUCACCAUGAUCUACACUGUGACAGGAGGGCUGGCAGCGCUGAUGUACACGGAUACGGUGCAGACCUUCGUCAUUCUCGCGGGGGCCUUCGUACUCAUGGGUUACGCCUUCCACGAGGUGGGCGGGUAUUCGGGGCUUUUCGACAAAUACCUGGGGGCAAUGACGUCCCUGACGGUGUCCGAGGAUCCGGCGGUGGGCAACAUCUCCAGCUCCUGCUAUCUACCCCGGCCCGACUCCUACCAUCUGCUCCGGGACCCUGUGACGGGGGACCUGCCGUGGCCUGCGCUGCUUCUGGGGCUUACCAUUGUCUCAAGCUGGUACUGGUGCAGCGACCAGGUCAUAGUGCAGCGCUGUCUGGCUGGGAAAAACCUGACCCACAUCAAGGCGGGCUGCAUCCUGUGCGGCUACUUGAAGCUGAUGCCCAUGUUCCUCAUGGUCAUGCCGGGCAUGAUCAGCCGCAUUCUUUACCCGGACGAGGUGGCGUGCGUGGUGCCAGAGGUGUGUAAGCGCGUGUGUGGCACCGAGGUGGGGUGCUCCAACAUCGCCUACCCGCGGCUCGUCGUGAAGCUCAUGCCCAACGGUGAGGGCGGGCCCCCGGGUUGCCCCGCUGCCCACAGGCGCCAGUGGGAGGAGUCACCCCUCGCCCAGCCCGCACCCUCCCGGGACCCCCUCGUGGCCGCAGACUCACGGCUCCGUUGGCCCGCAGGUCUGCGCGGACUCAUGCUGGCGGUCAUGCUGGCCGCGCUCAUGUCCUCGCUGGCCUCGAUCUUUAACAGCAGCAGCACGCUUUUCACCAUGGACAUCUACACGCGCCUGCGGCCCCGCGCGGGCGACCGCGAGUUGCUGCUAGUAGGACGGCUCUGGGUGGUGUUCAUCGUGGCCGUGUCGGUGGCCUGGCUUCCCGUGGUACAGGCGGCGCAGGGCGGGCAGCUCUUUGAUUACAUCCAGUCGGUCUCCAGCUACCUGGCGCCGCCGGUGUCGGCCGUCUUCGUGCUGGCGCUCUUCGUGCCCCGCGUCAAUGAGAAGGGCGCCUUCUGGGGACUGAUCGGGGGCCUGCUGAUGGGUCUGGCACGCCUGGUUCCCGAGUUCUCCUUUGGCUCGGGCAGCUGCGUGCGCCCCUCGGCGUGCCCCGCACUCCUCUGCCGCGUGCACUACCUCUACUUCGCCAUCGUGCUCUUCGUCUGCUCCGGCCUCCUCACCCUCGUGGUCUCGCUGUGCACACCGCCCAUCCCGCGCAAGCACCUCCACCGCCUGGUUUUCAGUCUCCGGUACAGCAAGGAGGAGCGCGAGGACCUGGAUGCUGAGGAGCUAGAAGGUCCAACCUCAGCCCCUGUACAGAACGGGCGCCCUGAGCACGCGGUGGAGAUGGAGGAGCCCCCGUCCCCAGCACCAGGCCUGUUCCGCCAGUGCCUGCUCUGGUUCUGUGGAAUGAGCAGGGCUGGGGCAGGCAGUCCCCCACGCCCUACCCAGGAGGAGAUGGCUGCCGCAGCCAGGCGACUGGAGGACAUCAGUGAGGACCCAAGCUGGGCCCGAGUCGUCAACCUCAAUGCCCUGCUCAUGAUGGCCGUGGCCACAUUCCUCUGGGGCUUUUAUGCCUGA